GUACAGCCGUCGGACAACUAGUGAGUUUUACUGCAGUGUAGUUCCUGUCAUGAGUUCACUGACAUCAGCAAACAUCCUGUCGUGUCUUAAGAAUGAAGAAGUCGCUGCCGAAGAUCUAGUUUGGCAUCUACUAGGAUUGUCAGGAACAUGGUGAGAACCUUGAAUAAUUUGUCUGAUCUGAGACAGACCGGGUUUGGUCAGCCGCGUCCCAGACACGGUCUGAGUUUAUUGUGGUGGUAUUCUCAUGAUUGUGUUCGGAUUGACUCUAACGGUCGUAUGAUUGCACAGUACAACCCUGCAAAUGGAGCGUUUGGUUUCCAUCGAUUUUAUAAUAGGGACAGACUUCUUCCUAAAUCUAACCUACCAUACUAUGAGGUGGGCAACCUGAGCUCCACUGAUUCACUGCCUGAUUAUGUCACUGAGAAUUACUCUGGAUAUUCAGACAACAGCAACAAAGAUCGCAUCAUUGUUUCCUUUGACUCAGGCUGGAACAGAUUUGAGAAGAUUUAUGUGACACAGCACUCAGAUCAUGUGAAGUUUGACCAGAAUCACACCUACUGUAUUAGCACUGAACUCAUCAAAGACAUUCAAGACUUGAACCUUGAAGAUUUCCUCAGAGGACGCACAAAUCGUUCUGAACAUAUAUCCAUAGACAUACCUCAGUCAGUGCAGAUUCAACCAUUUCAGAGUCAGUCCACUUGUGAAGAAUGCUGCAACAUGCUCUCUUGUGUAUUGAUUGCUGUGAUUGUUAUUGCAGCUAUUGUCUGGUUUUUUAAACAUUGAAAAUAUAGUUUUCAUCCACUGUUGUUUUGUUAUUCUAGCUAAUUACACAGCUGUCAUUAGGUGCUUGUCUCUUUUGGAUGAGCUGUUUAUUGAUUUGAAUACAAUGAAUUACAUCUUUUUACAUGUUAAUUAUACGAAACAAGACUGUAUGUUUAUUACUGCAUACUUUUUAAUCUUUAAAGUAAAACUAAGGAAAAAUAUUACUAUUAAUAGUAAUUUUAAUAUUGGGCGACACAUCCCAAUCAAUGUCUUCAGUGGUUAUGCCCGGAUUUAUAGUCAUUUAGUUUUUUUAUUCAUAUUAGUUGUGCUUAUUGCUUGACAUAUACUGUAUUAUAUAUUGUUUGACUGUAUUACCUUGAAAUAAAAGUCCAAAAACCAUUGACUUGUA